GCCUGGUGAGGCCAGGAGUCACUGCCUGCAGAACCCCAGCCCGACUUUCCCUGCGCACUGGGAUCCUGCUGGAACCUCUGCUGCAGCAUGAGCUCCGCAGCCAGGUCCCGCGCCACCCACCCGGAGAUGCUGUUCCUGGCGUUACUGCUCCUGCCAGUUGUGGUCGCCUUCGCCAGCGCUGAAGCUGAAGAAGAUGGGGACCUGCAGUGCCUGUGUGUGAAGACCACCUCCCAGGUCCGUCCCAGGCACAUCACCAGCCUGGAGGUGAUCAAGGCCGGACCCCACUGCCCCACUGCGCAACUGAUAGCCACGCUGAAGAAUGGAAGGAAAAUUUGCUUGGACCUGCAAGCCCCGCUGUACAAGAAAAUAAUUAAGAAACAUUUGGAGCGUUAGCUACUAGCUGCCUAAAUGUGCGCUUUCAAUCCAACUGUGAAAGAACCUUCUGAUGUUUGUAUUAUCCUUCUUAUAUUAACAAAGUAAAUCAAGUUGUGGUAUAGUCAAUCUAUUUCUUAACAAUACUGCAAAAAUAAUGCUGACACAUCACAAUUUCAUAUUUUAAAAUUUCCAGAAUUUUAAGCAAAAAGCAUUAUGAAGGAAAACUUGGCUUAAUAAAGACUGAUUUUGUUCAGUGUUAUAUGUUAGCUGAUACAUAUUUGUUCAUUUAUAUGAUUGCAGUACUUUAUAGCUACAUAUUUACCUUGAAUGUUAAAAUUAACUUGCCAAUAAGUAUUAGUAGCUCUUAAGCAUUACUCGACAGCUUGCUUUUUUAAAAAAAAUGAAGUAAAUAAGCAACACUCUGCUUUUAUCCCCACAAAUUCCUUAACAUUGGAGAUAUUAGGAUUCUGGAAACUAGGAGAAGUGUGAGGUGAUAUUUUCAUUCAUCCUUUAGGAAGACAUUGCUCUACACUGGGGAGAAAUGAAGGAGUUGUAAUGUGGGCAUAUUAGUUUCCUGUUGCUUCUAUAACAAAUUACCACAAACUCAGUGGCUUAACCAACACAAAUUUAUUGUCUUGUAAUUCUAGAGGUCUCAAGUCCAAAGAAAGUCUUAAAGGUUAAACUCAAGCUGUCCCCAGAGCUGUAUUCCUUCUGAAGGCUCUAGAAGAGAAUCUACUUCCUCUCCUUUUUCACCUGCAUUCCUUGCCUCAUAACCCUUUCCCCAGUCUUCAACCUGCAUCACUCCAACCUCUACUUCUCCUCUGUCUCUGCUGACUCUUCUACCUUUUAUAUCCCUCUUACCUCUCAUAGGAGGCUUGUGCAUACAUUGGGUUCACUUGGAUAAUUCAGAAAGGCUUUCCAACUCAAGUUCUCUAAUACAUCUAUAUAUCUAUAUCUAUAUCUAUAUCUAUCUAUCUAUCUAUCUAUCUAUCUAUCUAUCUAUCUAUAGUUACAUACAUAUUUGCCAUGUUAAGCAACAUAUACAUAGUGUCCAGAGAGUAGAACACAAGGAUUUCAGGGGUGGGGGGCAUUAUUCAACCUACCACCAAGGACCAGAAGGCAGAACCUACUUGAGGCAGGAGAAAGCUACAGACCCUUGUUCAUGAGCUAGUGUAAUUUUGACCUAAUUUUGACCUAAUGUGUACAGAUAGGAUUAAGAUCUAUGAUAAAAUACAGAUGGUACAAUUAAAUCUCUGUGGGGAGCUGGAAAAGGAGGGAGAUACCUAGGAUGACAAACUAAAAUAAACAAAAUUUAUAGAUACUUACGAAUAUCAUCUAAAAUUUCCACAUCCACAUUGCAAAUUAGUAUUAUUCCCAUUACAGAGAUGAGGUGACAGUCUUGGGAAGGACACAGCUUGUCAGAGGCUGAGCAGAUCAUUCUGACUCCCGGCUCCCUGCUCUUGCUUUCACAUUGUGCUGUCUUUCACACAGGAAAGUGGCAUGUUAGCAAAAUCCAUGAAUUAGCUGUUGAAGGUGGAGUAGGAAUUCGUUGGGGGAUGGGUGGGGCGGGCAAUGGGAAGACUGGAAUUGCCUCAAGAUAAAUAACAAGUAGAAAGACACAAGAUCAUUUUAAGUCAUUUGCAUGUUUGAACAAAAGUUCAUAGCUCUGCAGGGUUGGAGUAUCUAUGGGGAGAGUGAACGAAUAAAGGUCUCCCAACCA